AGACAGUCAUACUUUACAGAGACAAGACCGUAUCAUACUCUACACAGCCCUCAGCAGCAUCCUAUCACUUCUCCGCUGUCUCUCCUGACCCUGCUGUCACCAUAGACAUGACACCUCUCCUGCUCCUACUCUCAGCCGUUGUCUGCUGCACAGUCUCACUCAGCCGCCUCAAACAGUUCCAUCUCAUUGAAAGGAGUUUAAAUUGGACAGAAGCACAGGACGUCUGCCGGAAGAACUAUACUGACCUCAUCACUUUGUACAAUCGGGAGGAAUCUGAGCAUCUAAUACAGUUAAAGGGAUCUCAUUGCAACACUAAAGCCUGGAUAGGUCUCCAUCGCAAAGAGCACAGUCUGAAGUGGUCCAAUGGAGACAUUGUUAAUGACACUACAUGGUCACCACUUCCAAGCCCGUGCACAGAGCCAAUGUGUUCAGCCAUACUCAAAGAUAAUACAACAUGGGAGAAAUGUACAGAGCAGAAAUACUUUAUGUGUUACAGAAAAGGGUCUGGUGAUUACUUCCUGAUUGAACAGAACAUGACCUGGUAUAAGGCUCAGAGUUACUGCAGAGAGAACUACACUGACCUGGUCAGCAUCGGGAAUGAGGGACAGAAGGAGGAAGUGAAGAACGAAGGGAUGAACAGCACCACUCCUUACUGGAUCGGCCUGCUGUAUGAUGACUGGGAGUGGUCUGAUGGAGGGAGAUCUGCCUACAGAAACUGGUCCACAGAGUACGUUCCAUAUUCCUAUCCUCAAGCAGGACAGAAUCACGCUGUUCUUGACCAGCCUCAAAAAGGUAUACUCACAGUGGGAAAUGGAGGUUCUGAAGAAUGUACAAUCUGCUCUGAAGUUCGUAUCCACGUCAUCAGUGAAAGAAAGUCUUGGGAACAGGCUCUGGACUACUGCAAGAAUAACUACCAUGGACUGCUGCAUAUUGAGACAGAAGAAGACCUGGGGGCGAUCAAGCAGAAGUUCAAUGGAACUGAUUUUACUGGUCCUCUGUGGGUGGGUCUGAGACAGAGCCGUCUCUUUGGGUUCUGGGUCUGGACCAAUGGGCUGCCAGUGGGGUGGAGUAACUGGGAGGGAGACAGACAGCCUGAACAGCCUCGGUCCAACCAUUGUGGUGCCAUGGCAAUGAAGGAGGGAUACAAGUGGAGUGAUCAGGAUUGUCUGUCCAAUCACUACUUUAUUUGUGAAGGAUAAUUUAUAGAAAUUUCCCCGUUGUUAAUUUAAUUAACUGUCUUUACCAUUCCUCACAUUUUGAUUGAUAUCUGUUUUUUUAGGUAAUUUCUGAUUGAAAUCACAUUUAAAAGUCUUUUUUUAUGUUGAACCUUUCAGCAUGCAAUGCAAUGUACAAUACACCGUGUCAUUGAUAUAACUUGUUCUCAAAAAUCUUUGAGUAAAAUUGUGUGAUAUUUCAGAUAUUUUAAACAUUUAAAACAAUAAAAUGUAAAUAAUUAUGUCAUGUGGUUAAAAUAUGAUAUUCUCUUGUCAAAACAUGUUUGCCAUUAAGUAAACUCGUUUAUCCUAGAUUUACCCAUAGUCAUCCCUAUUGUAACUAUGGGUUAAUGUAAAUAAUACUCUAGAUGGUCUAAAUACCAUUAUAUUUAAUUAAUAGUAUCAUGCAUGUUAACGAUGACUAAUGUGGCGGAUGAAUCAGAAUUAGUUGGGUAACAUGGAGAAUUAAGAUGUUUUAUUUGCAAACAUUGUCUUCAUAUUUGAAUGUGUCUUUACCUACCAUGUGAAGGGAUGGCGUGAUUAAUGGGGAACCAAUUAAUCGUCUCCACAAUGUCUGUGCGCAAGUCACUCCCCUCAGUGAGCUUGUCCAGGAGUGGGAACAAGAGAUGUCUUACUGAGGAUGGGCCUCUAUGAGAUAGCACUGACAGAGGAGAUUUAUGGUGUAUUUUGAUAAGAACGCCUAAAAAGCAUUCCAGAGGACAUGCGCUAAUAGUUCUGUUCUAUACCGUACCAAUGAGGGAUGGUUCUAGGGAGACCAGACACUGGUCUAUAUAAUGACUCUGUGGAUAUAGCAGUUGCUGUCUGCUGUGUUUUAUAGAUAUCUUUUCAUACAAAACUUAAUCUUGUGACCCAUUCUAUGUAUCUGUGGUUCGUCAUGUACGUUGAGAGGGGUGGACCUUGAGUAUAAAAGCUCUUUGUAUUGAAGGUGUAGUCACCUUAUCAAUGGCAUCAUUGAAGGUCAAGUGCUUUUGCAAAAGUAUCUUAAUAAUUAAAGAUGUAGUUAACUCGGACUGGUGUGUUUGAAACUCUCCUCAUUUGGUAAUGCAGAAAUUAGCUACCACACUAAGGAAAUAAAAAUGAUAGUAAAGUAAUAUAUUUUAUAUAAUGGAUAUUGUAGGAAUAAUGGAAAUACUGAGAUUGUUUUUCUAUUGUAUCUCUUCUCCCAAUUUCUGUUCCCAACUUGAAAAAAAUAAA